UUUGGCGUGAGCGAUCGAAGUGAUGGGGUUACAGUAUAUACUCACUGGGAAGGGGCGAGCCGCGUGCCGUCUCCUGGCCGAGAGGGUGAAUGAGAUCGCGGUGUAAAGGAGCCAUGUCAUCCUUAGCUUCGUCCUUUUCGAGCCUCCUCAGAAACAGGGAGAGCUUACAGAGGCUGGCGACGUUUUCUAACGCUUUGCACUCGGGGGGUAUCUGGAAGAGGACGCUGCCGCGGCAGCCCGGGACUCGCUCUCCGCCUUACGGACUUGCCGCUGGGGGGAUCACUUGUCACCGCUGUCCCCAAAAUGCCGAAGCGCCUAUAAGCACCAGUGCUUCUGUCAUGGGCCAAGACGUGACCGGCUGGCUCUGGUCCAUUUAUGAUGAGACUAAGAAAAAGACGGAAGACCUAAUCCCUGUGAUUUUGAGCAACGCUGUCAAUCCCGACACGAUCUUCGCCAACAAUGAGAUGAGUCUUCAGGACAUAGAGAUCUACGGCUUUGACUACGACUACACGCUGGCGUUUUACUCCAGCCGCCUGCACACGCUCAUAUUCAGCAUCGCCCGGGACAUCCUCGUCCAGGAGCACAGGUACCCAGAGGGCCUGAAGGAAUACGACUAUAUUCCGGAGUUUGUGAUCCGCGGUCUGCAUUAUGACGUUCAGAAGGCCUUACUGAUGAAGAUUGAUGCAUUCCACUACAUCCAGUUAGGAACAGUGUACAGGGGUCUGCACCCAGUACCAGACAAGGAGGUCAUCGCCAUGUAUGAAGGAUCUCACGUGCCCUUAGAAAUCAUGAGUGACUUCUAUGGCAAGAGCUCCCAUGGCCACACCAUGAAGCAGUUCAUGGACAUCUUCUCCCUACCCGAGAUGACCCUGCUGUCCUGCGUCAACGACUACUUCAUGAAGCAUAACAUCGACUACGAGCCGGUGCACCUCUACAAGGACGUAAAGGAAGCGAUCGGAGACGUCCACGUGAAGGGGAUCCUGUACCGUGCUGUGGAGGCCGACAUCGAGAAGUACAUCUGCUAUGGCGAGCAGACUCAUGCAGUGCUGAGGAAGCUCUCGGAGAACGGCAAGAAGAUGUUCCUCAUCACCAACAGCCCCUUCGACUUUGUUGACCGUGGAAUGAAUUACAUCGUUGGGAAGGACUGGCGGGACCUCUUCGACGUCGUCAUAGUGCAGGCCGACAAGCCUGGUUUCUUCAAUGACAGGAGGAAGCCGUUCAGGCGUGUCACCGAUAAAGGCGUCUUGCUGUGGGACAGAAUUCACAAGCUGGAAAAGGGAAAGAUUUACAAACAGGGUAACCUGUACGAGUUCCUUCGGCUCACUGGCUGGAGGGGGUCCAAGGUGCUGUAUUUCGGAGACCACAUCUACAGCGACCUGGCAGAUCUGACCCUGAAGCAUGGCUGGAGAACAGGGGCCAUCAUCCCAGAGCUGAGGAAGGAGAUCAAGAUCAUGAACACUGAGGAGUAUGUUCACACCAUGACCUGGCUGCAGGGCCUUACUGGUCUGGUGGAACGCAUGCAGGUGCACCGAGACCCAGCCUCCCAAGCUGUUGUGCAGGAAUGGAUCAAGGAGAGAGAAAGCAUUAGAUCACAGACAAAGGAUAUCUUCAACUCCCAGUUCGGCAGCCUCUUCCGGACCUACCACAACCCCACAUACUUUUCCCGCCGCCUCUCCCGCUUCGCCGACAUAUACAUGGCCUCGCUGAGCUGUCUCCUCAACUAUGACCUACACCACACCUUCUUCCCCCGCCGUAACCCACUGCAGCACGAGUCCCCCUUCUGGCCAGAGCUGGGCGGUGCAGGUACUGUGGAUGUCCCUGUCCAGGUCUUAGGGAAGUCGCCACCACAAUGAACAUCUCCACGAUUUGGCAUUGUGAAUAGCUGCAGUCGGACAAUCUUUCAGCUGUGUUGACUGGGUCUCUUAGACAUGCGUGCUCUGUUUUUCUGCUCCAGUGAAAGUUUUGCUUGUUCUUUUCAGCCAACGGACACCAACUUCCAGUGAGUGGGGGAAGGUGUUAAAACGUUAAUGGUAAUUAAUUAGCUAAUUAGUUAAUUAGCAUAAGCUUGUACAUUUAUGGCCAAAUCCUUCUCAAGAAUCAAAGACAAAUUAAGGCAGAUGUCGUACCCAAGACGGACUGAAUUUCACAUAUCUAACCAACAUCAUUAUCCUUUGAUGCAAAUCAUUCUGUGUUGCAUCUCGUCAAAGAUUUAAGUCUAAGAGUACUCGCUGGCUGCUUGCAAAAAGUGAUAUUGUGUUGUGGCCACUGGAUGUCAGAACCAAAACAAACUAUGGGACUGUAACUUUGUACAAGGGUCAGUAUUGGGAAUUUUCAAUGGAAUGCCUUAUUUUUUUAGAAUACUUAUAUUUUUAGAAAUGCCUGAGUAUUAUAAUACCCCUGUGUUUAUAGGGUAUAUUUCCAAAUUAUAAAGUAUUCUAUAUAUUCUAUAAAGUAUAUUGGUUGUAUAGUAUUGUGGUGAGGCAUUUGUCAAGCUCCUGCUGAUAUCUGAUGAUGGUAAUGGUGAUGGUGAUGAUGGUGUGUAUUGGUCUACUAGAGGAAGGCCCUCCCAUUUCUCUGGAUGGUGGACUGGGCCAUCAGAAUGCUGUUUCUCAAAACGUCACUGGUUACUGGUUGAAUUUAGUUACAGUCAAAUGUCCAGCAUUUAGGCUGUGAAGUUCAGGGUUUUAAGGUCUUUUUUUUAAGAUGGCUUUUUAAAAGGUACAUGGCAUAAUAAAACGGUAAUUUUAUUCAGGUAUCUGAGCAAUAAAUGAGCAAUAAAUUAGAAACGUACAUAAUUACGGCUGGCUGGCCCACAUCACGAUAACGUUUUCCCACAAUUCCCGCUGUUCUGCAGGUGAAAUGAGGGCACACUGUACUUUGGGGCCUGGAUUUUAAUUAGUACUUCAGUCGAAGCUUUCCAGGUUAUUUUGGAUUUCUGACUGGUUAGAAUUCCUGUUUCCACAGCUGAACAUUUACCGCCAGUGUUUCUCCACACAUACUGUAAGUAUUUAUCUUUAAAAGUCCCAUCCCCUGGUGAUGAAUUCCUGUAAACGACAUCUGAGCCUGGAGCACACACCAGUGGUGCAGUGUGUUUGUUUUUUAUCAUGAGGGAACAGCCAGGGGUCUCGGCCUGUUGCCUGCUGUGUGCAGCACUUCUACACCUUUGGCGGUCUUCGUGGUUCACGCCUUUGCAGGACUGUAAGUCCUUCUUGGUGUAUCUCAGGGACAAACUAGCCUGUGUAUAUUCUGCAUUGGUAGCUGUUGAAUGAUCAAGCAAUACUGCUGUGUUUUGAAUUGGAGGUGGGGGUGACGUCAAAGAUGCACAAUGACCCACCGGCGACAGGCAAGACUGCUCACAUCACGUUUUUGUCUAGCACAGUGUCAAUCUGUACAUUUAUAUGUAUACUGAAAAACUAUGAAAGACAUAUGGAACGCGGUUACACCGGACAGAAUAUCGUAAAAUAUACACAAGAAAAUCGACAA